AAAACAUCUCUGGUGACCGCCGAUCGUCGUCCGUGUUUACAGCAGCAUUUAUUGACUCUGCGAGCCGUGCAGCGGUCUCAUCGUCAAAAUGGGAGAACGAAAAGGAACAAACAAGUACUAUCCACCGGACUUCGAUCCGGCUAAGCACGGCUCUCUCAAUGGAUACCACAAAACACACGCCCUGCGGGAGCGUGCAAGGAAGCUGUCCCAGGGGAUCCUCAUCAUCAGGUUUGAAAUGCCGUACAACAUCUGGUGUGACGGCUGCAAGAACCACAUCGGCAUGGGAGUCCGAUACAAUGCAGAGAAGAAGAAAGUGGGCAACUACUUCACCACUCCAAUCUACAGGUUCCGGAUGAAGUGCCACCUAUGCGUCAACUACAUCGAGAUGCAGACGGACCCGGCCGCCUGCGACUAUGUCAUCGUCAGCGGCGCCAGCAGGAAGGAGGAGCGAUGGGACAUGGCCGACAACGAGCAGAUACUCACCACCGAGCGUGAAGAGAAGGAGAAGUUGGAGACGGACGCCAUGUUCAAGCUGGACCACGGCGGGAAGGACAAGGAGAAGCUGAACAAGGCUUUGCCCUCACUACUGGAGCUCCAGGACCACCAGGCCGCAUGGAAGGAUGACUUUCAGAUCAACAGUGCCCUGCGCAGGAAGUUCAGGACGGAGAAGAAGGUGAUGGUGGAGAAGGAGGAGAAGGACGAUGCGGUGAGGACGAGGACCAACCUUAGCAUCCCGCUGCUGCCCGAGCGCGCAGAGGACAAGAGGCUGGCGGCGUUGCUCAGCUUCCAGACGCCAGACUCGUACGACGACAAGCAGCGCAGCAAACGCCAGGAGAUCACCUCACGCUCGUGGUUCAACUCCACUCCAGGGGGUACCACCACCACCACCACCACCUCCGGGGGUCUGCUCCACAAGUUGGGACUGCAGGGCAAAGAGGCGGCCGUGGCCAAAGCUCUGGGCCCCUCACGGACCCCCCUAAUCCGUAGGAAGUCGGACCCCCAGGAAGCGCCGUCGUCAUCGUCGUCACGGGAAGUCGUUACUACUGAGCAGGACCCAAGUGCGGCAAGUUUGGGCUCCCUGGUGCCCAACUACAGCGACUCGGACUCGGACCACGGGCACUGACCGCAAGUAAACCACGCUGACUUAUUGAUGCCUUUCCGCCACUGUUGGAAUUCCAGAGUGUUCCGUCCGGGCAUUGGUGACGCCUCAGCGCAAACAGGACGUCCUGAUAACUUUGACUCCCAUUUAUUUUUUUAUUUAUUUUCUCUUUUCUUUUUUCUUUUAAACUCCCAGGAAACUGAACUAAACAGCUGUUUGCUCUUUUCAAAACCAACCUACAGGAAAUGACACUGAACAAAUUGACUGAUGUUGUGGAUUUGGUGUACUUAACAGUGUCCACCAGGCCACCAUGUAAAAUAAAUGCCAGAAAAUUUUUUGACAGUUCUCAGUCUUUAGUCCAAAAUGAGUUAAAUAAAAUGUAUUUGUUUUUGUUUGACUCAUUAAA